CCAGUCAUUUUGAUUUCGAUGUUUUGCUCGAAAUCUGCUAAGAAUUAAUUUAUUUUAAUAAUAAGUAUUUCCAACUGCUGUCUACUUGUUGGGGAAUUAAAUACUUAUAAUAUAGUUAAAUUACAUAAUUCUAAUUCCUAAUAAGUAAUUAAUUUUGUGAGUUUAAUUUAUCUGCAGUUGUGGAGAGAAUACACAGGAUGAUGGAUGGAGGUGUUGUUCACCCUCAUCCAGGGGUGGUACACGGCGGUAUGCCAGGUGUAGUCCAUGGUAUGCCAGUGCAUGGAGGUGGACCUGAUGGGGAACAUGCCCCUCAUGGUCCAAGGCGUCGGUACCAAAAUAGACCUAAGCCACCAAACAAUUUGGAAAGGCUACCAUUAGAUGAAGCAGCUAAGAGGGAGAUGGAGUCCUUGCCAAUGAAGACACCAGUGUCAGUGCUUCAAGAAUUGCUUGCCCGUCGAGGAACAGUUCCAAAGUAUGAGUUAGUGCAGAUUGAGGGCAUGAUUCAUGAACCAACCUUCAGAUACCGGGUCACUGUUGCUGAUUUAGUUGCAAUGGGCACCGGCAGAUCAAAAAAGGAGGCAAAACACUCGGCAGCAAAGGCACUUCUUGAUAAAUUGACAGGUGCAGCACCUGCUGAUCAGAACACUAAUGGCAAUGUACCAGAGACGGGUGCAGUUGUGUCUUCAUUUGAAGACAAAUUAUUGGGUAACCCUGUGGGAUGGCUUCAGGAGUUGUGCAUGUCUCGCUUCUGGCCUCCUCCAUCAUACCAUGCAGAGAAUGAUGACAACGUUAAUAGACGUAUGUUUUGUCUUCCACAUGAGCGCCAAUUUACUAUUAUAUGCACCUUACUGAAGCGUCGUGAAGUUGGUACAGGCAAGUCUAAGAAAUUGGCCAAAAGACAAGCUGCUUACAAGAUGUGGCAGGCACUUCAAGAUAACCCACCUGAGACUUUCCAACCCGAGGACGAGGGCGGUGUCGCAUCACGUUAUGCCGACUUGAAAGAUAGUAAAAUCUCCACAUUAACCACAAGUCACAGCCACAAGGUGUCGCAGUUUCACAAACACCUCAAACAGUCUGUCGGGCCCAACCUGGCCAAGUUGCAGGUAACCCCGCUGAACAACAAAGAUUUCAACUUUGUGAAGUUCCUUCAAGAGAUAGCCACGGAGCAGUCGUUUGAAGUGACUUAUGUGGACAUAGAAGAGAAGUCAAUGGCCGGUCGCUGUCAAUGCCUCGUCCAGCUCUCGACUCUUCCGGUGGCCGUCUGCUACGGGUCGGGGCUCACGAGCAAAGAUGCCCAGUCUUCGGCGGCUCACAACGCCCUCGAGUACCUCAAAAUCAUGAACAAGAAGUGAAUCCGAACCGUUCGCCCCAUACAGAUUUAUUAUACGUAAAAAUGGCCACUACACAUUUACAUAUAAAAAAUAGGUAUCGGACGAGCGAGACGCGGUAAGCCCUUUAACCACUCUACGGGUUCAGCACUUCGGGCUAUGCUGUAUAACUGGCACAUUUGCAGUGUCCUCGAUCACUAAAUAUCGCGAAAUAUCUUUGACAUAAUAAGGCCUAGUCACAAAACGUCUUAAACGCCUGACGGAAUCAAUUACAGAGCGUUGACGUGUCAUUUAGUCAUUUGUCUCGCUUCGCAGUACAAUGCGUCGCGUACAGUUUUCUUAAUAAUAUCUGUGGGUUCUAUAUAUUAACCUAUACUAAAUUCUUAUAGUCAAUUUGCAUAAUAAAUUCAAGUGAAAGUGUCUCUAUUGAGUGCUUUUAACUAUUUGUGCAAUGAAAUCGUGAAUUAGAAUCGGUCGGUCCGAACUGGUUUAUGGUAGGUUUAAUUGUUUACAUCAAAAUUAGGAAAUUAAUUUUUGAUUGAUUUGAGGAUGUUAGUUUUUGAAAUUGCCUCUAGUGGAGGCGGUCAAGUAUCUUUUAUUGGCUUAAAUAUGACAUUAUUAUUAACAUUUUAGACAUGAAUAUGUCAAACUGUUUGUCACAUUUGACACAUUUUCUGUCGUUAACUAAUUCAAGUUGACUAAUAUGUUAUACAUAAGGACAUGGCUAAUUAAAACAAACAAACAAAAUUAGAAACACAUACCUAAUUCUUUACAUUAAUAUAAAUCUAUUUGGGGAAAUUCGAUGUUCAAUAGGGUAUUAUUCUACACCGCUUGUGUAGGGCCUUCAAGUAACAGAGCGUACCAUUUUUUUAAAGGCCGGCAACGCACAUUCGAGCCUCUGGGUAAUGUGAGUGUCCAUGGGCGGCAGUAUCAAUUAACGUCAGAUGAGCUACAUAGAAAAAGACCGCUAUCAUCACAACUAACAUUAGCAGAAACUACUCCUCUAUUAUUAUGAAUUUAUUGAUUAAUAUUUUAUUUUUAUUUAAAUUUAAUUAUUAUAAAUACAAAAAAAUUUAAUGAAGUUUUUAAUAUAUUCAAUUUAUAGGCGUCAUUGUAAGUUGAAAAAUAUCUUUAAUUAGUCUAAUCAUAUGAAUUGCCAAAUCAUUUUUUUUUUAAUUCGAACCUACUAAGUAUUUGUUUUCUUUAAAAAAUUACACAAAAAUACUAUGACUGCGAAUGUGCGAGAGUAAACAUCAUAGCCCGUAAAGUAUAAGGAAACAAAGUAUGGAGUGGUCAUAUUAUAAUACAAGCUAUACUUUGCAUAGAAUUAGUGUAAUUUUCCCAGCGUGGAAAUUACUUAUAAAAUAAAAAAAUACAAAAAAAAAUAUAAAAAACUAAAAAAAAAAAAUACAAAAAAAGUGUGUAUUAUAACUUUCCAGUUUAAUAUUCAGCAUUAUUUAGCAUGUUUUUGCAUUAAUAUUAAAUUGAAAUCAUCUACUUAUCAAAAUCAUUAGCUGUAAUGUAUAUUGUAAUGAAAUUAUAGAUUUUCCAUAUCGUUUAUUUGAAGCUACCUUGUUUUCGGGUGUGUUAAGAUUUUUCUAACAUGCUGAGCAUUAAACGGAAAUAUAUUCUCAGCCGGUACAGUCUUGGGGAACUGUCCGAACCUUUGCAUUAUUUUUGAUUAUAUAUUUAUUCACCAGAUGUCCCGUGUUAAACGAUUUUUAUUUGUUCGUAUGAACUCACCGAUUUUGACGAUUUUAUCAAAUGACUAAAUGAAUAGUUUUGAGCAAGGCUCGGGUCUUGCGAGACGGGCUGAGCGAAGGCUGGAUGUCGCCGAAUGAAAUUUAUUAUGAAUUUACCGAUAAUCGUGUACUUUAUUUUUUACAUGAUGGUAAACUUUGCAUGAGAGCUGAGAACAAAGCGUUUGAGUGUUUAUCACUGGAAAAUAACGGAUGCGAAGCUAGGAGAUACCUUGCCUGUGAAAAUGGGCAUUAUUUUAAUGCAAAGUAUAGAGGUUGUAACAUUUUCUAUCAGUACAGAGUCUUCGUUAUGCACGAAGCGAACGCGAGGAUUCUGCACUUCGAGUUUCUUUUAUAUUGAAUGGUGUGCGUCCGACCUGCCCUUAAGAGAUCGCACUGUUCAACUUAGAAGAGGCUGAAAGGAAUGGAGUUCUGUUCAACCAAGACCUACUAAAUAAAACUAUAAUGUCUGACCAUCGAGGCAAAUGUCCGUGUUAUAUUUUGUGUUUAGUCAGUCUUGGUUUUACUAGUAUUUAGAUCUAUUGUAAUUCUAGAAUGUAAUGUCACAGUAAUUCUUUACAUCUCACUUGCCUAGUUAAUAUGUUGUUGAAAUAGUUUUUGUUUUGCUAGUAUUAAUACAGCUAAUAAGUACAAUAAAAUUGGUGUUGCUUAAA